AUGGCAUCGGUGGCCGCGUGGUUGCCCUUCGCUCGGGCGGCGGCCAUCGGUUGGGUGCCGAUCGCCAACAACCCAUUGCCGGCGCCGCCCAUCUCUCGCCAGUCGCGCAAACGAGAGGACGAAAAGUUUGUGAUUAACGUAAGCGGCCGUCGGUUCGAGACGUGGCGCAACACUGUGGAGAAGUACCCUGACACUUUGCUCGGAUCCAAUGAGCGCGAAUUCUUCUUCGACGAGGACUCCAAGGAGUACUUCUUCGACAGAGAUCCGGACAUAUUCCGCCACAUUCUCAACUACUACCGCACCGGUAAACUCCAUUACCCCAAACACGAGUGUCUCAUGUCGUACGAUGAGGAGUUGGCCUUCUUCGGCAUUAUUCCCGAUGUGAUCGGCGACUGCUGUUACGAAGACUAUAGGGACCGGAAGCGGGAGAACGCCGAGCGUAUGCUCGACGACCGGCUCUCCGACAACGAGAACAAGAAGAACGAGCCGAAGGGUACGGUUCGGCAGCAGAUGUGGCGCGCCUUCGAGAACCCGCACACGUCGACAGCGGCGCUGGUGUUCUACUACGUGACCGGUUUCUUCAUAGCGGUGUCAGUGGUGGCCAACGUCGUGGAGACGGUUCCCUGCACUCACAAAGAGGGCAAUCCCGAGAACAAGAUCUCGUGCGGCGACACAUUUAAAGUCGCCUUCUUCUGUCUGGACACGGCUUGUGUGAUGAUCUUCUCGGCCGAGUAUAUGCUGCGCCUCUACGCGGCGCCCUUCCGGUGCAAAUUCAUGCGAUCGGUGAUGUCGAUCAUCGAUGUCGUGGCAAUUAUGCCCUAUUAUAUCGGACUAUUCAUUAAGGACAACGACGACGUGUCGGGCGCUUUCGUCACACUCCGCGUGUUUCGCGUGUUUCGUAUAUUCAAAUUCUCGCGACACUCGCAGGGACUCCGCAUUCUGGGCUAUACGCUCAAGAGCUGCGCCUCCGAACUCGGCUUUUUGGUCUUCUCGCUGGCCAUGGCUAUCAUCAUCUUCGCUACCGUCAUGUUCUACGCCGAGAAGAAUGUCGGCGGCACCACAUUCACCAGCAUUCCCGCCGCUUUCUGGUACACCAUCGUCACUAUGACCACACUCGGGUGA